GAAUUCUGUGGAAACUUUUGUUCCACACUUGUAAUUUUCUCUUUUCUAGAAUCAAUUGCACCGGCCAGUCGUGGAAGACGAAAACAGUAUGCUAGCCUGCUAGGAGUAUUUAUUACUUCUUAUUAGUAAUGGUCCAUAACUAGAACUCUAGAAGUACUUUUCUUUCCUUUUACAUGCAAUUUUCUCGUUGAUUUUGUUGACCCAUCACAACCCAAUAUUUAUCACUUGUAAUUUGUAACAAGAUCUAAAAUGAAUUACGCCAAGUCGUCAAGUUUGAAUACAAUACCGUUGAAUGUUUGACAAUAUUUCUCUCUUUUUUCCUCCUAACAUAUUUUCCCGCUACUAGUUGUUCUAGCUCUUCUGCCUCCAACUUCACUUCCUAAGGCAGAUGAACCAUAUAAAAAACAGAGCAAAACUUCCAUAAACCACAUACAAAAUGACAAAAAUACCCUUUUCUUCCCUCCAACUUCCACUCCUUUUAUUCUCCUUCCUCUUUACCUCUCUACCCUUUUUGGUAAUUUCACAAUCUCACUCCUCUGACCAAGACAUCUUGUUGAAUAUUGCACAGCAAUGGGGCAAUCCACCUCCUAUGCAAUCAUGGAAUUCCACCAUCCCUGUUUGUGUUUGGCCCGGAAUCAAUUGCACCGAUGGCGAAAGUGUCAUCGGUAUCUCUCUAAAUAGCCAAAACAUCGAUGGCGCAAUCUCGGCGUCCAUUUGUGAUCUCAAAAACCUCACCUUGCUUGAUCUUGGAAACAAUAGCAUCACAGGAAACUUCCCCACAUUUUUAUACAAUUGCACCAAGCUCCAAACUUUAGUAUUAUCCUCAAAUUAUUUUGUUGGGGAAUUACCAAAUGACAUAAAUAAGCUUUCUCCUAGCCUACAAAACCUUGACCUUAGUGCCAACAACUUCACUGGUGAUAUUCCAACUUCAUUAGCUCAGAUCAAAGGGUUGAUCACUUUGCAUUUAGAAUCCAAUUUGUUCAAUGGCACAUUUCCUUCGGAGUUGGGUAACUUAGAAAAUCUUGAGGAAUUGGGGUUAGCUUACAACCCAUUUUCCCCUGUAAAUUUGCCCAAAGAAUUUGGGAUGCUCAAGAAUUUGAAGUUUCUUUGGAUGACUCAAUGCAAUUUGAUUGGCGAAAUCCCAGAUGAUUAUGCUAAUCUAACUAGCCUUGAGCAUUUAGACUUGGUGGAGAAUGGUCUGGUCGGUGGAAUUCCUAGUAAGUUGUUCUUACUCAAGAACUUGACAUAUGUAUACUUGUAUAAAAAUAGGCUCUCAGGGGGGAUUCCGUCCUUGAUCGAGGCCUUGAACUUGGUCGAAGUCGAUCUCUCGAUGAACAAUCUGACAGGAAUAAUUCCUGAUGCAUUUGGAAAGCUCCAAAAAUUAGAGAUCCUGCAGUUGCUUGAAAACCAACUCCAUGGAACAAUUCCGCCAAGUAUUAGCCUGCUUCCUUCCUUGAAGAAGUUGAAGUUGUUUAGAAACCGGUUGUCAGGUCCACUUCCUCCGGAAAUGGGCUUACACUCAAAAUUGGAGGGCUUUGAAGUGUCGGACAAUGCAUUCACCGGCCAACUGCCGGAGAAUCUUUGCGCGGGUGGGAACUUAAAUGGUGUUGUGGCAUUCAACAACUAUUUGAAUGGGACAAUCCCACGUUCUCUAAGCCAAUGCAACUCUUUGAUCGUAGUUUUACUCAACAACAAUAGCUUGUCAGGUGAUGUUCCUGAACAGCUUUGGAGUUUGCAGCAGAUGACGACCAUAUUGCUUAACAACAACCAAUUUACAGGCCAACUCCCUGAGAAAUUGGCUUCGAACUUGAGCCGUGUUGUAAUCAGCAACAACAAAUUUUCCGGGAAAAUUCCACCAAGUAUAAGCACUUGGAGAAUUUUGCAGGUGUUUGAAGCUAGUAACAACAUGAUCACAGGUACUGUUCCAUUGGAGUUAACUAGCCUUUCAAACCUCAACACUCUCAUGCUUGAUGGGAAUCAGCUGACAGGUGAACUUCCCUCAGAAAUAAUCUCAUGGCAAAACUUAAACAGAUUGGAUCUGUCUCAUAACGCGCUUUCUGGUUCGAUUCCUUCUGUUCUAGGCUCUUUGCCUGUCCUUAAUUAUCUUGAUUUGUCUGAUAAUCAGUUUUCUGGCAAAAUCCCACCUGAAUUUGGCCAAUUAAAAGUUCCUUCACUCAACCUUUCCUCCAAUCAGCUCAAUGGGAAAAUCCCAUAUGGAAUUGACAACAGUGCAUACAAGACUAGCUUCUUAGAUACCCACUUAUGUUCCGAUACCGGAUUGUUAGACCUCCCAAAAUGCUUGACUACUCCUAGAAACCAGAACUUGUCUUCGAAAUAUCUUGCUUUAAUUAUAGUCCUUGCAUUGGUUUCCUUCCUGGCAAUUUCAUACUUCAUCGUUGUCAUAAUCAAUGAAAUACGGCAAAGAAAUAAUAAGCAAGAACUGGCAUCAUGGAAACUAACCUCUUUCCAAAAGCUAAAUUUCACAGAAGAAAAAGUCCUUGCUAACUUAACUGAGGAUAAUGUGAUUGGGUGCGGAGGAUCCGGUAAAAUUUACCAGAUCCGCAUCAACCAAUCAGGAGAUGAGGUUGCAGUUAAGAGGAUAUGGAAUAACAGGAAAACGAACAACAGGUUGGAAAAAGAAUUCAAUGCUGAGGUCCAAAUUCUGGGUACAAUAAGGCAUCUCAACAUAGUGAAGUUACUUUGCUGUAUUUCGAGUCAAAACUCGAAACUGCUUGUGUACGAGUAUAUGGAGAAACAAAGCCUGGAUAAAUGGAUCCAUGAGAGUAAUAGGCAACAAGUUUCAUCAAAGAGUGGGUCCGUUCAUCAUGCAGUUUUGAAAUGGCCUGCUAGAUUGAAAAUUGCUAUUGAUGCUGCUCAAGGAUUAAGUUAUAUGCACCAUGAUUGUUCACCUCCCAUAAUUCAUAGGGAUGUGAAAUCCAGUAAUAUAUUGCUGGAUUCCAAGUUUAAUGCUAAGAUUGCUGAUUUUGGGUUAGCAAAGAUUUUAGCUAAGCCACAAGGAGAGCUUCAUACAGUCUCUGCUGUUGCUGGAUCUUUCGGUUACAUGGCGCCAGAAUAUUGCUACACAACGAAGGUGAAUGAAAAGAUCGACAUCUACAGCUUUGGUGUAGUUCUUCUCGAGCUAGUGACAGGAAAAGAGCCCCACAUCGGAGAUGAGCGCUCAAGUCUCGCAGAAUGGGCAUGGAAGCAUUAUGGCGAUAGACAGAGACAUUCAAUUGAGGUUGUCUUUGACAAGGAAGUAGCGGAGCCUUGCUUCUUAGAAGAGAUGACCAGUGUAUUCAAGGUAGGGUUAAUGUGCACCAGCACAAUACCCUCUUCUAGGCCAUCAAUGAAGGAGGUUGUGCGGAUGCUUCAACAACAUAGCACUAUAGAAGGUUCUGACAGAACCAAGGCAGAACAUGAACGCGAUGUUUCCCCUCUUAUCGGAAGCGAAAAUUAUAUCUCUAGUUGUAAGAAUAGCAAGAGGAAAGUAGAAGAUGACUGUGACAUGGUCUAAAUGUGUCCAUGUAAGCUAGGAGCUAAGUAGGAUCAGAGCUAGAUAAUAAAUAUUGUAGAUAUGUUCUUCCUUCGUCUAAAAAUAACAAUCACAUAUACUAUUUUAGGAUAUUUAGAAAAGCACAAACAUAUCCUUCAUAAUGGGUUGUGAUUGAGUUUUCGAGAAAUUCCCUUACUAGAAUGGUGUAAUUGGGAGGAUGUUAAAAUAAAUCAAAUUGUUAUAGUAAAUCUUUCAGUAAUAUUGUAUCAUAUCCUCAAUUAUGAGGGGUUAUGACACUUUUUUUGA